AAAAUCAUGUAAAGGAACCAAUCCAUUUCAGCUCAUUGAAGAUAAUGUAAAUAUAUGUUUGCGUAUGACGCAUGAAAAUGAAUAUCUCGACGAAGCUGCUCAGGUUUUGAAGGGAAAUUCUGGGGAGCCUCAAGCAUUUUCUUUGGCAAAUGUUAAAUACCCAAUGCUGUGUAGUGACGGAAACCACAAAAUCUGCAGUUAAAGUGAGGCGGGAAGAGAGAAACAUUAAUACUUUUCAAAUGGCAAAGCUGGCUUCUUCAACGACAUCUUUAGGUUGUUGCAAGUUUCCAGCAGUUCCUGUUCAUUCUUCUUCGAAACUGAGUAUCUUGCAGGUAGGCAUUGCUCCAGCCAGAAUUUUGAACAGGAAAGGGCCUCCUAAGCUAACAAGGACUUGUGCUGCUGCUCCAAUUCUUGAUAUGUCCUCCACUUUGCAGAUACCUAGGCCAAGUCCCUUUAAAAUGAUAACAAAUGAUUCUCCAAGGUGGCGCCGGGUCCUUUUGAAAGUAAGUGGCGAAGCACUUGCUGGAGAUGGUGAACAAAAUGUUGAUCCAAAGAUAGCGAUGACCAUUGCCAGAGAGGUUGCCUCUGUUGCUCAUCUUGGUGUGGAGGUUGCAAUAGUGGUUGGAGGGGGGAAUUUCUUCCGUGGAUCAACCUGGGCUGGAUGUAGUGGACUGGAUCGUUCUUCGGCAGAUCACAUAGGGAUGCUGGCAACUGUUAUGAAUGCUAUUUUCUUACAAGCAACAAUGGAGAGCAUUGGCAUUCCAACUCGUGUCCAAACUGCAUUUCGGAUGUCAGAAGUAGCUGAACCUUAUAUACGAAGAAGAGCCAUCAGGCAUUUGGAGAAGGGGAGAGUUGUCAUCUUUGCUGCUGGAACUGGCAAUCCUUUUUUCACAACAGACACUGCAGCAGCUCUGCGUUGUGCAGAAAUAAAUGCCGAGGUUGUGUUGAAAGCAACAAAUGUUGACGGAGUCUAUGAUAAUGAUCCAAGGGUGAAUCCGGAUGCCUCUCUUCUUGAUUUUGUUACUUAUCGUGAUGUCACUUCUAAAGAUCUAUUAGUGAUGGAUCUAACCGCAAUAACACUCUGUCAGGAAAAUAACAUACCCAUUGUGGUUUUCAAUUUGAAUAAGCCGGGAAAUAUAAGUAGGGCUCUUUGUGGUGAGCAUGUUGGCACCUUGAUUGCUGAAAAGUUGUUGAGUGAGCAAACAUAGCAAAUCAGGAUGUGAGUUUUAUCAAAAUUACGUACUCCAUGAUCGUAGUCUGAUCCAAACAUUUAAUAGUGGCUAAACUAGCUUUUCUGGAUUUCUGGAGUGCUCUUCUAAAAUCUUUCCUGUACCUGUACCAGACAGCUCUGGUAACAAGUCUGAAUACCCAAUAAUUACAACAAGAUUAUGUAAAUUCUGAUCAUUUUUGACUUGUAUGUAUGCCAAAACCACAGACUAUUUGUGCAUAACGAGAGUUUUGAAAUAAUUACCUCGUCAUCCAUAAAAAUCAGUUAAUUUUAUUUGCGAGUGAGCUUGUUAGGAAGAUUUAGUAAUGUAAUAGCCCUUAUCUAGGGUUGGUUGUCUCUUUCCCUCAAGUUAGACAAAAUAAUAAGCAUAAUCAAUACAACCCGAGUAUGCAAUUUUCUAUA